AUGAGGGAACAUCUAAUCAAAGGGGCAGGGGAGGAGGGAACAUGCGGACGUCCCGGGGUGCGCAUCGUCGGCGUCUGCGUCCAUAGCCCGGCGCUGCCCCAGUCCGGGCCAGUCCGCUGUGUGCGGGGGUUGGCCCUCCAGUGCGGGGGCGGGUGCCCUUCCCCAUUCCUCCACCUUACGCAUUCCUCCCUCCACCAGGCCCUGUUUCGCCUGCAGCCUCAGCACCUGACCUGGUCCCGCGCGGCGAGGUGGGACGGCAGUGCGCGCUGGAAUGUGCCCGCGCGGUCCCCGGGGCACGCCUCGCGGGAGUCCGGCGCUCUCGGUUCCAGAUGCUGCCACCAUUCUCGGGGAAGUUGGGAGCAGGGCCCCCUCUGGGAUGGUGUAAACUUAUUCAGCUUCAAAUGCAGCCCAGUAUCCUGCCCUAAGUUCCAGAGGACCAUUUUCCACAUGAAAAGUCUUAUGGAUAGACAAACUUCCAUUCAAACCAAUGUCAAGUUUUCAUUGCAAGAAAGUAGCAGCCAUGUUUAAGG